AGGUAUCCAAGCGGCAUGUCGUCCCCGGCGUCCACCCCGAGCCGCCGCAGCCGGCGCGGGAGGACCACCCCGGCGCAGACGCCUCGCAGUGAGGAUGCCAGGUCACCUCCCUCUCGGAGACCCCGGGGAGAUGAUUCCACCUCCACAGGAGAGCUGCAGCCCAUGCCCACCUCACCUGGAGCAGAUCUGCAGAGCCCGGCCCCGCAGGAUGCCUUAUUUUCCAGUCCUCCUCAGCUGCAACCUUCAGCUCUUCCUCUUGAUUUUGAUGUUAGCUCGCCACUGACAUAUGGCACUCCCAGCUCUCGGGUAGAGGGAACUCCAAGGAGUGGUGUGAGGGGCACACCUGUGAGGCAGAGGCCUGACCUGGGCUCUGCACGGAAGGGUCUGCAGGUGGAUCUGCAGUCUGAUGGGGCAGCAGCAGAAGAUGUAGUGGCAAGUGAGCAGUCUCUAGGUCAGAAGCUCGUGAUCUGGGGAACAGAUGUAAAUGUGGCAACCUGCAAAGAAAAUUUUCAGAGAUUUCUUCAACGUUUUAUUGACCCUCUGGCUAAAGAAGAAGAAAACGUUGGCAUAGAUAUUACUGAGCCUCUGUAUAUGCAACGACUUGGAGAGAUUAAUGUUAUUGGGGAGCCAUUUUUAAAUGUAAACUGUGACCACAUAAAGUUAUUUGACAAAAAUUUAUACAGACAGCUUAUCUGCUACCCACAGGAAGUUAUCCCGACUUUUGACAUGGCCGUCAAUGAGAUCUUUUUUGACCGUUACCCUGACUCAAUCUUAGAACAUCAAAUUCAAGUGAGACCAUUCAACGCAUUGAAGACUAAGAAUAUGAGAAACCUGAAUCCAGAAGACAUUGACCAGCUCCUCACCAUCAGUGGCAUGGUCAUCAGGACAUCCCAGCUGAUCCCUGAGAUGCAGGAGGCCUUCUUCCAGUGCCAAGUGUGCGCCCACACCACCCGGGUGGAGAUGGACCGCGGCCGCAUUGCAGAGCCCUCUGUCUGCAGCCGCUGCCACACCACCCACAGCAUGGCACUGAUCCACAACCGCUCCCUCUUCUCUGACAAGCAGAUGAUCAAGCUCCAGGAGUCCCCUGAAGACAUGCCUGCAGGGCAGACGCCCCACACUGUCAUCCUUUUUGCUCAUAAUGACCUUGUGGACAAGGUUCAACCUGGGGACAGAGUGAAUGUUACAGGCAUCUAUCGAGCAGUGCCUAUUCGAGUCAAUCCUAGAGUGAGUAACGUGAAGUCUGUCUAUAAAACCCACAUCGAUGUCAUUCAUUAUCGGAAAACGGAUGCAAAACGUCUCCAUGGCCUCGAUGAAGAAGCAGAACAGAAACUUUUUUCAGAGAAGCGUGUGGAAAUGCUUAAGGAGCUUUCCAGAAAACCAGACAUUUAUGAGAGACUUGCAUCAGCCUUGGCUCCGAGCAUUUAUGAACAUGAAGAUAUAAAGAAGGGAAUCUUGCUGCAGCUCUUUGGUGGAGCAAGGAAGGAUUUCAGUCACACGGGAAGAGGCAAAUUCCGUGCCGAGAUCAACAUCCUGCUGUGUGGCGACCCUGGCACCAGCAAGUCCCAGCUGCUGCAGUACGUGUACAACCUGGUCCCCAGGGGUCAGUAUACAUCAGGGAAGGGCUCCAGCGCAGUCGGCCUCACCGCCUAUGUGAUGAAAGACCCUGAGACACGGCAGCUGGUUCUGCAGACUGGGGCCCUGGUCCUGAGCGACAACGGCAUCUGCUGCAUCGACGAGUUUGACAAGAUGAGUGAAAGCACCCGAGCAGUGCUGCACGAGGUCAUGGAGCAGCAGACCCUCUCCAUCGCCAAGGCUGGGAUUAUCUGUCAGCUCAAUGCACGCACCUCUGUCCUGGCAGCAGCAAAUCCCAUCGAGUCUCAGUGGAACCCUAAAAAAACUACCAUUGAAAACAUCCAGCUACCUCAUACAUUAUUAUCGAGGUUUGACCUGAUUUUCCUCAUGCUAGACCCUCAGGAUGAAGCCUAUGACAGGCGAUUGGCUCACCAUCUGGUAGCACUAUACUACCAGAGUGAGGAGCAGGCGGAAGAGGAGCUCCUGGACAUGGCGGUGCUAAAGGACUACAUAGCAUAUGCCCACAGCACCAUCGUGCCCCGGCUGAGUGAAGAAGCCAGCCAGACUCUCAUCGAGGCUUAUGUGGACAUGAGGAAGAUUGGCAGCAGCCGAGGAAUGGUCUCUGCAUACCCUCGACAACUGGAAUCACUGAUUCGCUUGUCAGAAGCCCAUGCUAAAGUGCGAUUUUCUAACAAAGUUGAAGCAAUUGACGUGGAAGAGGCAAAGCGCCUUCACCGGGAGGCCCUGAAGCAAUCUGCCACCGACCCACGGACUGGCAUCGUGGACAUAUCCAUUCUGACCACAGGAAUGAGUGCCACAUCUCGUAAACGGAAAGAAGAAUUAGCUGAAGCACUGAAAAAGCUUAUUUUAUCCAAGGGCAAAACACCAGCUUUAAAGUACCAGCAACUUUUUGAAGAUAUUCGGGGACAAUCUGACAUAGCAAUUACCAAAGAUAUGUUUGAAGAAGCACUGCGGGCCUUGGCCGAUGAUGACUUCUUGACAGUGACUGGGAAAACUGUCCGCCUGCUCUAGAGCUGCUCUGGGCGCUGCAGCCUGUGUUCCGCCUGCCACACCUGCCUGCGUGUGCACUGCCCCGGGCCCAUCAGCUGCCACCACUGCCUGCCAUUACUGUAAAUAGAGUCUAAGAGUCAUUUGCCUACAUAAAAACUUUUCUAACCUGUGUCCUAUUUUCUUAGUGACAAUUUUUAACAUUUCAAAUAAAAAUGCAAUGCCAUUUGCAAACAGAUUGUUUUCCUAAACCCAUUUUUUAGUUUAUAUGUAGGCAGAUAACAGCCUGUCAGUUCUUUUUCAGGUUGGCAGACUGGGUCAUGGUUUUUGUGCUAGACUUGCUAAUGGCAGUCAUCCCUGUGCUUGAGGACUUUGUGACAUGAGAUAACAGACUUAGGCAGGGUUGCUGUUCAGUGUGAAGUAAAAAAAGGAGAGAGCCUUUCUCAUAGCACUAAGUGGAAUUCUUUUUAGAGGCUUUUAGAUAACUUCUGCUUCUUUGUCCUGCUAUAUAAAACUGUUUCCUUAAAUAAAUGAUGGAAUAAUA